GUGACGAGAAAGUAGCCACCUGAGUUUAUAGACGCUGGGAGUAUGCAUCACUGCAUCAUGCGUAUCAAUGUAUCGGUGAUGCUGGCGUGUUGUAUGUAGGGCACGUGUGUUUAUGUGUGGCACAGAUGCUGGUUUAGUGAUACUGGACAGAUAGAGUGUAGGAGAAAACAUCUUAACAGAUGGUGGAGACAGUGUUGUGAGUCAGAGUCUGGCGUACCAUCACAACAUGGAGACCUCGAGCGGACAUGUGCAUCUUCAGGGAGGGACAUCGAAGGUACUUUCCACACUACCCCUGCCAGGAACGACGACCAUGCAGCCGUCAAACGACACCCGUCGCAACUCCAGCAGCACCAUCCCCUACCCCCGGGACGCACAACACCGCCGACUCUCCAACAGUCUCUCAGCUGGAAUAAUAACGUUGGACCCAACCAUGAAGGAGUGGACGGACCGUUACAUGUACAAACACUGUUCAGAAUGGAAAGUUAUGUACCCAGAAGCAACGGGAAAACGUCAGUCGCCGGUGAACCUGCUAUCACAUGACGCCGUGUAUGACCCUUCAUUGAACAACUGUCAGAUGACCUUCGCAUACAGCACAUCACGUGACACCGAUAUAUUUAACAACGGUCACACAUUGGUCAUCUACCCGAGGUCAAAGCAAGUGUUGAGCGGGGGUCCCCUGUCCCACGGGAGUGAGUACGAACUGGGGGAGAUCCGAUUCCAUUGGGGUCGGGAUGACUCCCGGGGCUCCGAACAUACCGUCAACAACAAGGCGUUUCCAAUGGAGGUGCAACUUGUCCACUGGAAUACCCGUCACCAUGACAACCUGGAGGACGCCUUGGGUAGGCCAGGAGGCGUGGCUAUUGUAUCUCUAUUCACGCAGAUAGGCCGGGAGCAUCAAGGAUUACGAGCUAUCACCGACGGUCUGGAGGAUGUCCAUUAUAAGGGUCGUCAGAAAUCCCUACUGACCGGUUUCAACCCUGCGUGCCUCCUCCCGGACCCUUCGCUAAGAGAUUUCUGGACGUACGACGGCUCGCUCACAGCGCCCCCUUGUAGCGAAGAGGUGACGUGGAUCCUAUUCCGGUACCCUCUAAUGAUCUCACAUCCGCAGGUACACAAGAUGUGUUCAUCGACUUUAAUGUUGCAGCAAUGUUCCUGCUGUGUGACGUCGGGGUGCAUUUCAUCCAGUCAGACAAUCCGAUGA